CACACUGUGAACAUGGCUGACAUCACAAACUGGUUCAAAGCGACAGUAAAAACUGUAAAAUCUCGCAAUAAAGCGCAAGGAAUUUCGAAUGAUGCUGACAAAAAUUCAAUCCUGAAUACGCAUAGACCAAAGAAUGAGUUUGCCAAGAAAGCCAGAGACGUUGUUGGUAACAUUACCAAGUUAAGAGACUUCCUUGUGGAACACCGGAAGGACUACAUCAACCCAAGCAGCCAUUUGAAUGAUAUGCAGCACAUGACGGACGCUGAACGAGACCAGAUUGAUCUAGACGCUCAAGAGAUCAUGAAGAUGUGCUCGGAUACAAUCAAAAACUUGAGGCUUGAAGUUGUGAAUGAGAAGUUAGUCGGAGAAAUAAAGGAGCACAGAGAAGCCGUCUUCGACAUCAUGCAGAAUUACCUCAAAGCCAUCUGCAAGAUAUACAGUGAGCAGCGGGCCAUCAGGGUCAAGAGAGUUGUAGACAGGAAAAGAAUAUCUCGUUUAGAACCAGAGAGGCCUCACAAGUUCAGUAAGAGAACCUCUAGGGAACAGAGCCCUGCCACGCCAGCAGGAGGAACCAGUACAAAACCAUCAUUGAGUAAAAGAUCAGAUGAAAAACAGAAGUUGCUGACAGAGGCAGAACCUUCAACAUCUGACCAAGCUUUAACAAGGUCUGCACACCGUGUCCCAUCUUUCAGUCCCAUCAACUUUGAUGAAGAGGAAGAUGACGAGAUGUCGCCAGAGGAAAUGCAGAUGCUGGAAAUGGAGAACAAGCAUUUGUUUGAAGAGAUGAACAGUAUGGUGGACGAAGUGCGGCAGAUCGAGGGCAAGGUCGUGGAAAUCUCACGCCUGCAGGAAAUCUUUGCUGACAAGGUUCUUGAACAGGAACGAGAUAUUGACAGGAUUGCCGAAACGGUGGUGGGAUCAUCGGAAAACAUCAAGGAGGGUAAUGAGGAGAUCAGAGAGGCAAUGAAAAACAACGCUGGCUUCAGAGUGUGGAUUCUCUUCUUCCUGGUCGUGUGUUCAUUUUCACUUCUAUUCUUGGACUGGUAUAAUGCGUGAUGGUCUCCAUCAAUGCCGCAGAUCAUCUUCUUCUUGUGCAAUUGUAACUGGUGCUAGACAUGUAGCUACAUGCUUUGUGUUGUGAGGAUACGCCUAGACCUGUCACACCAGUUGGUAGAACGGUUGUGUACAUUUGGUUAUUGUUAAAACCAAAUAUUUGCUGUAAAUACA